AUGCUCUUCACGGCUGUCACCUCGCUGGUCGUCGGCUUCGCGGCCACACUCGCCAGUGCAGCUCCACCCAACGCAGCCCAUGCGGCUUCAGAUAUCUCCAACAGCUGCGAUGCCGCGAUUCCAAAUAAAAAAUGCUGCUUCGCUCUCACGGUCAAGCAAGAUUGGGGAAACGGGAAAGUACAGGAUUGGGGCUACGUCAGGGAAUCCAAAACCGGCCAAAUCUUUGUCGGAUUCGAUAUCAACUCAUAUCCACAGGGAUACUUUUGUUUUCACGGCGACCCAACCUUUGAGGGAACCGAUGGGAUACAGGACGGCAUAGACAAGUUCUGCGACUUCAGCCCUCGCCACGACGGAUAUUUCAGCUGCUCUGGCAUGGGAUCACCGAGAUUCGGCACCGCCAAGACAAAGCUGUCGGAUGGGAGCGAAAUCCUCCUACUCACUCUUGAUGGAAUUGAUUCUUUCGGUAUCUGCCCAUUCGAUGCGAAGAAAUCACUCUUCGCCCUCGUCAACAUUAAAGAGUUUCCAAGAGAUGGAUGUCACGGAAUUCGCAUCGCACUGAAACCGCACACGCCGGAUACUUGCCCCAAGUAA